CGAAAUAGAACAUGAAGAAGAAGAAACAGCAGCGGAACCUUUACCGACGAUUAAGAAGAAGAAGCGGGCGACAACAGUGUGUAUCAUGCUUUUCUCCUCUAAAACUCCAAGUGUUUAUUCACUGAUCUGUCGGCUUGUGAACACAAAGUUCAACAUGGUGACACGGGAGAGAAACAAGGAGCUCUCGAACCAGUUCCGGAGAUUGUCUGGCCUCCCGUGGGUUCGUCCAUUCAUUAAACAUACGCUGCAACCUGUCUGUCAUCCUUCAAAGCAAGUAAGUUGUUUUGGGAGCAGAAUUAAUGGUGGUAGGUGGAGCAAAAACAUCUACCUGACAUCAACAAAUCAGGAAAAAGACACCCUUGUACAGAUAAGUGAGUUGUCUGAAGCAGCAUACGAGAGGCUGGCUGAUGAGACUUUGGAUGCUCUGGCUGAUUACUUUGAAGACCUGACAGAUGAAGCUUUCACUGGAGUAGACUAUGAUGUCGUCUUCUCUAGUGGUGUUCUGACGGUGAAGGUGGGUGGGGACCAUGGUACCUAUGUCAUCAACAAACAGACACCAAACAGACUCUGGCUUUCUUCUCCUAGCAGUGGACCCAAGCGCUAUGACUGGAAUGGUGGAUGCUGGGUGUAUACUCAUGAUGGAAUUAGCCUCCACCAGCUGCUUUCUAAGGAGUUUUCCAUUAUCUUUAAUAAAAACAUUGACCUGUCUGACUUGCCCCAUUCCUAAAACUUGACUGACUGACUGACUAAUUUAUAUACAAUAUACAUAGUACAUGUCUAACAUUUGGACACAUCUACUAUUAUAAGGAAAAUGGAAACGUUUAAACUACUGUUUGAUAGCAGCUUCGCACACUCUUUACGCUCUCAGUAGAAGAAAACUGCUGUUUUUCUGUCACUCUGUGACCCUCCUCCCACAUCGAAGUCAAGCUUUUGCCAUAGAGUUGCACAAUGCAGUCUGUUUCCAUGAUGUGAAGUGGCUGCUCUCCAGAGCUAUCAUUACAAAGAUCUUAUUAUUAAUAAACAAAAUAUGAAAAAAGUCACACUGCACUGAUUUUUCUUGUGAUUUCUAGUCAGAAGAAAACUACAAAAGUGAUAUUAGUCAUCAGACGUCCCUGUCAGAAAGAUGGGAAAGGAAAAAUAGGAAACUGUCGUGGUGUUGGGUGAGGACAACUUUCAAAAUGUUCUUGGCACUUAACCUUAACCAAUGUGUUUGAUGCAUUUAGUCAACAAAAAAAACCUUACACAUACUGUUGGUUGUAAGCAGUAAAUAAAAUGCUGUGCUUGCAAUUGAUGUGUGCAAUGACUUUAUGUGUAAUUUUGAGUACUCAAAAAUGCUAAUAAAACAUUAAAUUCUUUUAAAUGAAAUUUUUUACAUUUUGGUCAAGUUUCAGAAAGGAGGAUUAUUGAGACGAUGCUCAUUGGGGAACAACGUCAUUGCAAGUAUGCAAGCAACAGCUAAGAUUUUUAAAAAGUAUAUGAUUGUGUAAGUUUGAGUUUUCAAAAAUGCCUUUUUCAAUUUACACAUAAAUACAAACCAGGUGUAUUUAUGUGUAAAGGUGUUUCACAAAUGCAUACAUACAAAAAACCUGAUCAUUUGCACACAUUUUUAGGUACAACUUCACAAGCCUCAGUUCUUUCAAAAGGUUUGGGUACUUUUUGUUUGUUUUUCUUUUUCUAAUUUUGUAUUGUGUGACAGAGUACAUGUUUCCAAACAUUCAGUGUCACUACCCAGAAUGCAUUGAUGCCUAAGCAACAGUUCCCUACAGAUGAAAGGAUUUUUUUCUUCAAAACACUAAAACAUCUAGCUUUUUUAAAUCAGUAAAGUCAUGGUAAUGGUAAAGUUAUGGUAAGCUAUGCAAGUCUUCAUUCUUUUAAGAACUGCAGAAAUUCCGCUGACUCAGGUUUGACAAGGCACACUUGUUAAUUGCAAUUCUAAUGACCGACCUAAGAUAUUACCAGUACUGUGCAAAGUCCUUUUUUUUCUUUUAUUAACCUUCUCUUAAUUCAUAGUUAAAUUAUUAGACAUGAUAGCGAAAGAGUAAAUUCAAAAACCAAAUACUGAAUAAAUCAUUUGAAUUCUUGUAAGAUUUGUCCACUGUGGACAAUUCAGUAAAUUUAUCAAUAAAACUAUGUAAAUGCUUUUCCUGUAAUGUCUCAAUAUCUGGGAAUAUGUCUUUGUAGCUUCUCAAUCAUCCAGGUCAUGGUGGCCUAAAGCACUUGACUUAAAGGCAACUGGAUUUCUUUUUAGGUUCAUGAUGAUGUUCCACCUGACAUUUCAGAGACUUCUUCAGAACUGCAGAAUAAAUCGAUGUGGUUAGUCUGCAGGAUUUCAGUUCCCUAAUUUGAACAGCUUUCAUUUGGAUGUUGUUAACGACAUUCCAGACGUUGCGUCAUGUUUUUCUUCAUUAGUCCGUGCUUUUGGUGUGACCUCAUUAGAGGCGAAAGUCAAAUUUUUGGACUGUAACACUGUACUCUUCAUUGUCAAGAAUCUUAUGCUGUACUUAUGUUAAAUUUUAUGUGAUGUUAUGGACUGAUGAUCCACUAAUUAUAUAAUAACCACAAAGUGUAAGUUGUUUUUCAGAAAAUGGAGAAUGAUGAUCUAUAUUGUAAAAUAA